AUGUUCGCCACAUCUGUUGCGACUUCUUCCAAACCGCAAGCGCCAAAUCCUCGAUCCCGACGGCCCGCCCAGCAACCUACUUCCUCGUCGCAAGCCCCACAGGUUGGGACUAUAGCCUCUAUCGCUUCGCAAAAGCAGCCUCAGCGAUCGCAUUCGCCGUCCGGAGGUCCAGGUCCAUCGUCUAGACCGAUGCCUGCUGGUGCUUCUGCCGGUGCUCUAUUUGGCCGGUCCACGAUUGGAGGUGGUUCUGUCGGUGUUGGAACUGCGGGUGGUUCGCAUCAUCAGCCACAUCAACAUCAGUCAAAUGGUGGGAUAUCAGCUCGAGAGUUGAGCGAAGAACAGAGAGAAGAAAUCAAUGAGGCUUUUGGACUCUUUGACAUGGAUAAAGAUCAACGGAUAGACUUUCAUGAGCUCAAGGUGGCCCUGCGAGCUCUAGGUUUCGAAGACAUCCCCAAAUCCGAACUUCUCUCUAUUCUGCAUCGCUACCCUGCCCCUACAUCAGGCAACUCCACACGGCUCCUGAUCGGCCGGGAAGACUUCAUUACUGUGGCUACACAAAAGAUGCUAAGCCGAGACCCUCUAGAAGAAAUCAGGAGGGCAUAUACGAUGUUUGAUGAAGACGGCAAGGGUGGCAUUAGUAUUGCUGACUUGAGGAGGAUUGCUAAGGACAUCGGAGAAAACUUGGAGGAAGAAGAAGUCAGGGCAAUGAUCGAGGAAUUUGAUCUGGAUGGUGACGGAUUGAUUAAUGAGCAGGAGUUCAUCGCAAUUUGUCGUGGAGAGUAA